CAGAUUUUCCUGUCCAAAAUGACUGUCCGAGCUCUGGUUUUGUGUCUGGCUUGUGCUGGGCUUGGAAAGGCAAAUGUGGUUCCACAGGCUGAUCGCAAAAAUGUGAAGGUGGGUGACAGUGUGACUCUCGGCUGCCUCCUGACAGAAUCCAAGGAGGUUCUGCAAGUGACAUGGCAAAAAGACUCUGAAAAAUCACUCAGUAAUAUAGCUACAGUCAGUAACAGGAGUGGAUUGAAGAUUCACAAGCCCUAUCAAGACCGAAUGAAUUUCACGAAGCUGGCGUUCAAUGAGACGAGCAUCACUUUCUGGACCACUAGAAUGGAUGAUUCAGGAUGUUACAUAUGUCUCUUCAAUACUUACCCUUUGGGCUCCUUCUCGGCACGUACCUGCUUGAGUGUCUUCGGUCUCAAUGCAUCUGUCCAUUACAACAUUUCCGAAGGUCAUUUGAUAGCUGUCUGUAACGCUGUUGGCCUCCCAGAGCCCACCGUCACCUGGAACAACUUGUUCAAUUCUACACCUACGCAGGAGAUGAUCAGACACACCAACGGGGUGGUGUCCAUCACCAGUAAGCUGGAGAUCUACAACAGUCGGAGCGUCAGUGCGCAGGACUUGACCUGCAGAGUAAGCAACGAGAAUGAAAAAAUGGAAUUGCCUGUGAAAAUAAAAGGAGAUGAGGGUUCCUCCUUGAUUUGGCUGACAGUUCCCGUGGGGAUUUUGGUUGUCAUAGUUCUGAUUCUGAUCACGCUGUGCUGGAGGAAGAGGAUGUGCAGGAGAGGUUGA